AUGGUAGAAGAUGUUCCAUACACGAGACUCUGCAGCACAAAGAACAUUACGACCGUAAAUGGACAAUUACCCGGCCCAACACUGUAUGUUACUAGGGGAGAAACCAUCAUCGUCGAAGUUAUUAACAAGAGCCCCCAUAACCUCACCAUUCACUGGCAUGGAGUGAAAAUGCCAAGAUAUCCAUGGUCAGAUGGUCCUGCAUAUAUCACACAGUGUCCAAUUCAACCAGGAGGACAAUUCAGGCAAAAGGUCCUAUUUUCUGAAGAAGAAGGAACGUUGUGGUGGCAUGCUCACAGUGACUGGACUAGAGUCACUGUUUAUGGUGCUAUUGUCAUACGUCCCAGAAAUGGAACUCACUAUCCUUUCCCUAAGCCUCAUGCAGAGGUGCCGAUUAUUUUAGGAGAGUGGUGGAAGAGCGACAUAGUUGAUAUUUACAAUGAAUUUCUUGCCUCAGGAGCAGACCCAAAUAUCUCUGAUGCUUAUACUAUCAAUGGUCAACCCGGUGACCUUCAUCCUUGUUCAAAACCAGAUACUUUCAAGCUGAAGGUGGACCAUGGCAAGACUUACCUUCUUCGCCUAAUUAACGCUGCCCUUCAAGACAUUCUCUUUUUCUCUAUCGCCAAUCAUCAACUCACAGUGGUUGGCACAGAUGCCAGCUACACCAAACCAUUGAAAGUUGACUAUGUAGCAAUAUCACCUGGACAAACCAUUGAUGUUUUAUUAGAAGCAAACCAACGACCGGACCACUAUUACAUGGCUGCAAGAGUUUACUCUAGCGCCAAUGGUGUGCGGUUUGACAACACAACAACCACAGCCGUCGUCCAGUACAAUGGCAACUACACUCCCUCCUCUACUCCUUCAUUGCCAUACCUUCCUUGUUUUAAUGACACAAGUGCAUCGGUUAAUUUCACUGGCCGUCUUAGAAGCUUAAAUAAUAAAAACCAUCCAGUCCAUGUCCCUAAACACAUAAACACUCCGUUACUUUUCACUGUUUCUGUUAACAGAUUUACGUGUCCGAACACUUCUUGUGGGGGGCCUCUGCAAAGACUUGCUGCUAGUGUGAAUAACAUAAGCUUUCAGUCGCCUAUACGUAUGGAUAUACUAAGAGCUUAUUAUAACCACAUUAAUGGUGUUUACGGUGAUCGAUUCCCUAAUAAGCCACCCCUGUUCUUUAAUUUCACUUCUGAUAACAUCCCACAGAUUUAUGAGACACCAGAUAAACGUACAGAAGUGAAAGUGCUUGAGCAUAACUCGACGGUAGAGAUUGUUUUUCAAGGGACAAAUGUGCUUGCUGGCACUGAUCAUCCCAUGCACUUACAUGGAACAAGCUUCUAUGUAGUUGGUUGGGGAUUUGGCAACUUUGACAAGCAUAAAGACCCUUUGAGAUACAAUCUUGUUGACCCUCCUCUUCAAAAUACAAUUGCCGUUCCCAAAAAUGGCUGGGCGGCCAUAAGAUUCAAUGCCAAGAAUCCUGACCGUGCAGAGAUAUUAUCUGUCGUAGAGACGAAAAUCGCUUAUUCUUACACAUCAGAUACUGAAGUUGUUCAGAGCGGGAGUACGAUCCCUGCUAAGUUCCAACAGCUUAUGCGUCCUCGAAUGCAGGAUCCUCGGCUCCAAACUCCAAGGAAUGGAAAAGGAAGGGCCCUUUCUGUUUUUCUACAGUGCGUGCGUGAAGGCGGGAAGCGAGGUGGUGGCAGUACGGCAGAAGUAAAUAACCGCCUUGCUGGAAGGUUUAUUAACAUUCAAUUGUUGCUUUAUUUGUUCACUAAUUUCCAACAACGGAUAGCCUUCACCGAUGAUGACAACGUCUCAGAUCUAACUCGAAAGAUGGCAUUCACACAGUUCGUCGCGUCAAAUAGCAAUGCCCAAAUUUUAAAUAGUGCUAAAGUACCCAGUCGCACUCUUAGAGCAAAGAAAAAGGCACUGCAAUCUUGA